UUGGUGCUCACCACGCUCAACUUGUUCUUCGCCGGCACGGAGACUGUCAGCUCCACCCUGCGCUACGGGUUCCUCUUCCUCAUGAAGCACCCGGAAGUCGAAGAAAAAGUGCACCAGGAAAUCGAUCACGUCAUCGGCCGCAACCGCAUCCCCGCCUGCGAGGACCGGAUGAAGAUGCCCUACACGGAUGCGGUGAUCCAUGAGAUCCAGAGGGUGACGGAUAUCGUGCCCAUGGGGGUGCCGCACACCGUGAUCCGGGACACCCAGUUCCGGGGGUAUACCCUCCCCAAGGGCACCAACGUGUUCCCCUUACUGGGCUCUGUCCUACGGGACGCGAAAUACUUCAGCCACCCAGAAGAAUUCAACCCGGGGCAUUUCCUGGACGAGAACGGCCGCUUUAAGAAGAACGACGCCUUCGUGCCGUUCUCCUCAGGUACAGAACCUGCCUCGUGGCCCUUAACGCUCGCCCGCUGCUCUCUGGAGCUGGUCGUCCCGGGGCUGGGCCGAGGAGCCGCCCCUCUCCCACUGACCAGCCCUAGCAAAGCUACGGUUCCACCAUCGUCUGACCUAAUAACACGGCCCAUGAAUAGCUGUGUGGGCCAGUCCAUAAUAUUCAGGAGACCUAGGUUCUAUUCCCGGUUCUUCAAGGUGUGAGGUCUACUGGUUAGAC